GUUUUUUCUUCGAAUUGGUCCGCCAAGCACCAGCCAUCAGGAUCUGGACCAGCCCGCACAAGCCCUGCACCCACGAUCCCCACGAGCCUGGCUGGCCUCUCCGUCGACAUGGCCCACAUCGCAACCGUCGUCCGUAACGCCUGGCGACCAGCAUCCGGCAUCAGCCGGCUGCCAUCCAUGAUCAGCUGGGAUUGCUUGGAUCUGGCGGCCCGCCAACACAAAGUGCAGGGACAUCUGCAGGGCCGGAUCGCCCAUGCCUCCCUGUCCCGACGAUCAAUCUCGUAUUCAAAGCAAGGUCGUUCUCCCGCGGCUUCAUCCAGCACAUCUCAAUCUCAAGCUCAAUCUCAAUCCGGCGCACACAGGCCCCGGCAGAAGCUGCGAUCUAUGCUGCAUACCGAGGGACUGACCUGGUCCGAAAUGACCGGAGGACAACGAUUUGUCUACUUUGUGAAGCAGAUUGGGUACACUGGCGUGAUCGCCUUUGGCUUUGCGAUCUUUUGCGGAGCCACGUACUAUACUGCUACCGAGCUGAUGGACAACCACAUCCUCUCGCAAGUGUUUCGCCGCUCCAUGGAGAAGAUUGAAGAUAACGAAAAGCUUUGCAAAAUCCUCGGCACUCCCAUCCACGGAUACGACUCUGUCGACUACGGAGGCAUUGCUGGCCACAAAGCAAAGGAGGGUCAGCGCAAGAUGGUCCGACACUUUUUCGAAGAGAAUGGCAAGCGACAGCUGCUGCUUCGGUUUCAAGUGAACGGUCCGUUACAGAGCGGCAUGGCCAACGGCCAUCUCAUCAAAAACAACGAGACUGGAGAGUGGGAGUUCCACACGCUCUUUGUCGAGUCCUCGUCGACGCAUGAACGGAUCUUCCUCGUCGACAACCGAGUGCGGACGAUCGUGAAGCGCGAGCCCCAGCGGGUGGGAUGGUUUGGCCUGAUCAAGCGACCGCAAUAGACCCAGAGCAGCGACAGUCGUUUGCGUGAGGCAGCUUGCUCGAUGCCUUUGCCCUUCUCUCCUCCUGCCUCGAACUCAGCUGCAACAAGCCGGCUGAACGGAUACUCCUCAUCUGCAGAGGGAGUAAAAGUCGCAAAGGGCAUCCAUGUCCUCACUCGGCCUGCACAAGGGCCCAGGAAUCGCGCCCCCAUGUACCAUAGUAUGUCGCAACAAGCAUUGCUGAAAAGGCGCCGCUGAGCCCAAUAGAACCUCUUACAGCUUGUGUGCUGCUGCCCGUGA